UGUAGCCUGCUUUCCCACCCACACUAUAUAAUCAAAAGCAAGACCUACGCAAAUGAUCUCCCUCUCCCUCUCCGCUCCUCUUACGAGCCUUGGCCCCUAGCUAGCUCGGCGAGAUAAUUCAAUGCCGGCGUCAUCCUCGUGAGGAUAAAAAUAAAAAAAACUAUCCAAGAAAGAAGCGCGGCACGCACCCUCCCCUCCUUUCUCUGAUCUUCUAUUCUAAAGUAAAGUUUUCGUAAGGAGCUAGCUAGCUCUCAGUCUCCUCUGUUUCGCAGGCCAGGUGAACUCCUUUGGCAGUCAGCAUGUAUCUUCUGAGAAGGCACUCUCAGACUCAUCAGGAGAAUGACUCCUCACAGAAAGAUGUGAAAGUCAGCGAACUCAGGGCUGCUCUUGGACCUCUAUCUGGACGUAGUUUGAAGUUCUGCACUGAUGCAUGCCUGAGGAGAUAUUUAGAAGCUCGGAACUGGAAUGUUGAUAAGGCAAAGAAAAUGUUGGAAGAGACACUCAAGUGGAGAUCUACUUAUAAGCCUGAAGAAAUUCGUUGGCAUGAAGUAGCCCAUGAAGGUGAGACUGGCAAGGUGUCCAGAGCAGAUUUUCAUGAUCGAGAUGGAAGGACUGUUCUUAUAAUGAGGCCAGGGAUGCAGAACACCACAUCAGGAGAAGAUAAUGUUCGCCAUCUAGUCUAUCUUUUGGAAAAUUCUAUCCUCAACCUUCCUGAAAAUCAAGAACAAAUGUCGUGGUUGAUAGAUUUCACUGGAUUCUCAUUGAACACCAGUGUCACUGUCAAAACAGCCCGUGACAUUAUUUACAUCUUGCAAAACCACUAUCCGGAGAGGCUUGCUGUUGUAUUUCUGUACAGUCCACCAAGGAUUUUUCAGGCAUUUUGGAAGGCCGUCAAGUACUUCGUGGAUACAAAGACAUCUCAGAAGGUGAAGUUUGUAUACCCCAAAAUUAAAGAUAGUAUAGAGCUCAUGAAGACAUUCUUUGAUAUAGAAAACCUUCCGAGCGAGUUUGGAGGAAAAGCCACCCUAAAAUAUGACCACGAGGAGUUCUCCCGAUUGAUGGCCCAGGAUGAUGUAAAAACUGCUAAGUUCUGGGGUUUCGAUGAGAAGCCCAACCACAUUAUGGAUCCCAUUGAGGAGUCUCCUGCUAGUUGAGUUUCUAUAGAUGCAGACUUUUGGUAUCAACCUUAUGCCGGGAACAGGAAUGAUGCUCUUGUUCAUCCCUUGGGGUUAAUAAAAAUGUCGUUUUUUCUAUUCUAAUCUUGUUCCUAAUGUUACCAACCUCCAAAAAAGCAAACUAAUGUUUUAUCAUUUCCUAUAAUACAAAUCUAUUAGUUGCUAUUGUC